AUGGAUGGAAACGUGAGUGAGUACGAGCAGCCCUCAUUGGCGAGGAAGAAGAGCAAGCCGGCGCUUGCUGACCUUCAACGGCUGCUGGUGACCUACCGCGGCCUGCAACAAAUGCAGCGGGAGGUGAACGAGAACCUCGCCGUCUGCCGGCGCCAAAUCGCCAAGUACAAGCUUGGCAGCGUUCCGAAGAAGUCUCGCCGCCGCCACCAGAACCACCUGCGCUCCUUCCAGUUCGUGCGGUCUCCCUUGAGCCAGUCACUCGAGGUGGAGGAAGAACCACCCACUUUCUGGGGGCGCGUGGGAUCAUGGUUUCGGGGGUGGUGGUGA